GCAUCGUCCGGGCUACCCGCUGACCACAGGUGCCUUCGCGGGCUCGUUCCCGCCCUCCCUGUCCUCCCUGACCCGGUACGGCCACCCAGGCCUCCUGUCACACCCCGGCCUCGGCCACCACGGCAUUCCACACCCCGCCUCCCUCGGGGCGGGGCCUAAGUCAGAACUCAUGUCCCCGCAGCUCUUACAGGACUCGCACAGGCAGCUAAACUCCUCUCAGGGCGAUGAAAACUCUAGUUGUAAAAGCUCGCAGCACGCUGGUGGCUCCGGCGAGGAGACGAGAAAAAAGCCUUAUGUAAAGAAACCCCUAAACGCCUUUAUGUUAUUUAUGAAAGAAAUGAGACCCAAAGUUAUCUCAGAGUGUACGCUGAAGGAGUCGGCCGCCAUUAACCAGAUACUGGGCCGCAGGUGGCACGCCCUGGACCGGUCAGAACAAGCCAAGUACUACGAGAUGGCCCGCAAGGAGAAGGAGCUCCACUUACAGCUCUACCCCGGCUGGAGCGCCCGUGACAACUACGCCGCACACCAGAAGAAGAAGAAACGGAAAAAAGACGGGCCCGGAGGAGGAGGAGGGGGCGGGCCCGGCGGAGGAAUGAUGGGAAUGGGCGGUCCUCCAGGAGGCGUGCCAAUGGGCGGGGCGAGUGGGCGUGGCUCGGUGGGUCCAGUAGGCAGCAUGUGUCCGGACGUGGAGAAUAAGCCAGGUGAAUGUCCCAAUGAGAAGAAGUGCCGGGCGAGGUACGGGAUGGAGCAGCAGUCCAGAUGGUGCAAACCCUGCAGGUCGUUACAUGAAAAGUCUGAGCAGGCAAUGGUAGACAGUGACCAGAAGCACUUCUUACAUCUGAAGACGAAAGAAGAAGUGCAUCCGUUAUAAGCAGCUGGAAGGAGAGGGAGGAGGGGAAGAGGACGAGGAGGAGGAUGAUUCCUUCCUGAGGAACCGAACUCUAGACCUGUCGGCGAUCUCCGGCUGUGAGUCGGACUCAACCACGGCCCAGGACAGCCCCCAGCCGGUGGUCAAGCGGGUGAGGGAGUCGUCGGGGGCGGGGGG